AGUCGCUGUCUCUCCGGGGAGAGGAGGAGGAGGAGGAGGAGGAGGUGGUAGGGGGGCUCGUGGCCACGGUUCCUCAGUAGCCAAGGACAUUAGCAUUAACUGCGCGCGGAGAGCGAGGAGCAAGGGGAGGGCGUCUCGUGCGGAGCUCUCCUAAUCCAGCGAGUCACUCGCUGUUAAAGCGGUGUGAGCACACGCACGCGGUGCGAGGAGGAACAAGAACGGGGGAACAAAACGAAACAAAAAAAAAAACAAAAACAGUAAAUCACGGACAGAAUCUAUGGUUGGAAUUUGGCUAUUUUUUUCUUCGCCAAUGCAAAAGGAAAUAUGCAGCGAAGCUUCACCCUGCUCUGCACCAGUUUUCUGGGGGUGUGUUUAGGUUCAAGUUUCCCAAGUAAUAUUAAUAUAGGAGGACUGUUUCCAACCGGCUCCCACGAAUAUGAGGUUUUUCGGUUUGCGCUCUCGCACCAUCAGGACAUCCCCAAACUCGUACCUCAAGUGGAUAUGGUCAAUAUCACACAAAGCUUUGCAAUGACAUAUGCUUUUUGUUCGCAGUUUUCUAAAGGAGUAUACGCCAUCAUCGGACUGUACGACAGGAAGACGGUGAACAUGCUGAUGUCCUUCUGCGGGGCCCUGCACGUCUGCUUCGUCACGCCCAGCUUCCCGAUCGAGACGUCCAACCAGUUCGUGAUCCAGCUGCGGCCGGAGCUGCAGGACGCCCUGGUGGGGGUCAUCGAGCACUACAAGUGGACCAAGUUCGUCUACAUAUACAGCUCUGACUCAGGACUGUCGGUGAUGCAGAAGGUUCUGGACACGGCGGCGGAGAAGAACUGGCUGGUCACCUCUGUCAACCUGGAGACGAUGACUGAGGCGGCGUUCCUAAAGGUCUUCCAGGACCUGGACAAGAAGAAAGAGGGUCAGAUCGUUAUCGACUGCGAGGUGGAGAAGCUUACCUCCAUCCUCCGGACGAUUGUCACUCAAGGGAAGCACCUGAAGAGCUACCAUUACAUCCUGGCGAACCUGGGCUUUCUGGACAUUGACCUGACGGAUUUUAAGAACGGUGGCGCCAAUGUGACAGGGUUCCAGCUGGUCAACUACACGGACCAGAACGUAACCAGGAUCGUGCAGCAGUGGCUGGAGUUCGACAGCAAGGAUGCCAAAGUCCCCAAGAGGAGGCUGAAGUACACCGGAGCCCUGACGUACGACGGCGUGAGCGUGAUGUCCACCGCCUUCCAGAACCUCCGGAAGCAGAGGAUCGACAUCUCCCGGCGGGGGAAUGCCGGCGACUGCCUGGCCAACCCCCCGGCGCCCUGGGGCCAGGGCAUCGACAUCCAGCGGGCUCUGCAACAGGUUCGGAUAGAGGGUUUAACCGGACACAUCCAGUUUAAUGAGAAAGGGAGACGGACCAACUACACCGUCAGUGUGAUGGAGCUGAGACCAACCGGACCAAAGAAAGUUGGCUACUGGAAUGAGGAUGAGAAGUUCAGGAGCACAGCGGCAUACCUGCACGGCAGUAACGACACCUACGGACUGCAAAACAGGACCUACAUAGUGACCACAAUCCUUGAGUCUCCAUAUGUGAUGCUAAAGAAGAACCACGAUCAGCUGGUGGGGAAUGAGAAGUAUGAAGGCUACUGCGUGGAGCUAGCGGCGGAGAUCGCCAAGCACGUGGGCUACAACUACAAGCUGGAGAUCGUGAGUGAUGGGAAGUACGGAGCCCGCGACCCCGACUCAAAGAUGUGGAACGGCAUGGUGGGGGAGCUGGUCUACGGGAAAGCUGAUGUGGCAGUGGCCCCCCUGACCAUCACCCUGGUGAGGGAGGAGGUCAUCGACUUCUCCAAGCCCUUCAUGAGCCUGGGCAUCUCCAUCAUGAUCAAGAAGCCCAUGAAGUCCAAGCCGGGCGUCUUCUCUUUCCUGGACCCGCUGGCCUACGAGAUCUGGAUGUGCAUCGUGUUCGCCUACAUCGGCGUGAGCGUGGUGCUGUUCCUGGUGAGCCGCUUCAGCCCGUACGAGUGGCACGCCGAGGACCUGGAGGACGGACAGGACCCACAGCAGGCCCAGCCGUCCACCUCCGGCCAGCCCGGCCAGUCGCCCUCCCAGCCCAACCAAGCCCAGCAGGCACUGGAGCAGACCAACGAGUUCGGGAUCUUCAACAGCCUGUGGUUCUCCCUGGGGGCGUUCAUGCAGCAGGGGUGCGACAUCUCGCCCAGGUCUCUCUCUGGCCGCAUAGUGGGGGGAGUCUGGUGGUUCUUCACCCUGAUCAUCAUCUCCUCCUACACGGCCAACCUUGCGGCCUUCCUCACGGUGGAGAGGAUGGUGUCGCCAAUUGAGAGCGCCGAGGACCUAGCCAAGCAGACAGAGAUCGCCUACGGCACCCUGGACGCUGGCUCCACUAAGGAGUUCUUCAGGAGGUCGAAGAUUGCGGUGUUCGAGAAGAUGUGGUCUUACAUGAAGUCCGCAGACCCCUCGGUCUUUGUGAAGACGACAGACGAGGGCGUGAUGCGGGUGAGAAAGUCGAAAGGAAAGUACGCCUACCUGCUGGAGUCCACCAUGAACGAGUACAUCGAGCAGCGCAAACCCUGCGACACCAUGAAGGUGGGGGGCAACCUGGACUCCAAAGGCUACGGCAUCGCAACCCCCAAAGGGUCACCGUUAAGAAACCCAGUAAACCUGGCAGUGUUAAAACUGAACGAGCAGGGCCUCUUGGACAAAUUGAAAAACAAAUGGUGGUACGACAAGGGAGAGUGCGGCAGCGGGGGAGGUGAUUCCAAGGACAAGACCAGCGCUCUGAGCCUCAGUAAUGUGGCCGGAGUCUUCUACAUCCUGAUUGGAGGGCUGGGCCUGGCCAUGCUCGUGGCCCUGGUCGAGUUCUGUUACAAGUCCAGAACCGAGUCCAGGCGAAUGAAGGUGUCCGCGCAUGCCGCUCAGGCCUUUCACUCCUCCGCGUUAGACAGCUCGGGUGCUACCGCCCCCUAUACUGAGCUGCAGAAUUACAGCCUAUACGGAACGGAAAGUGUUAAGAUUUAAGGCCCAUGGGCAAUCCAUUAACGACGCCAUGAGGAGCUCCACCUUGACCAGGAUGAGCGGGAACGGGAGCGGAGGUGAGAACG